AUGUCGCUACAGAAACUGCGCAGCUGGUACAGGCGCAAGAGCCCUGUCGAGCUAUGGCUGCAUCUACUACGUCACGCCGAGACCUUUGAGGACUGGGAAGAGGCUGCCCUACAUCUUGACAACCUUCUCGGCCUCGAUCUUUGGCGCAACAAUCCGACUUCCAAGUACUACGACUGGCGCCUCAUUACCGAACGACUCGACUCCCUUGCCACCUCCCGAGAGAAUGGAAACUUCCAACAGAUGGUCAACCUUUUACGAUCGGGCCUAGUUCGAAACCUCGGCAAUAUUACCGUGCCCAAGCUAUACAACCGUUCCUUCGCCGGCACCAAGUAUCUUAUCGAAGAAUAUAUUACCCAGGUCGCCGAGUCGGUGGAAGACAUCCGCGUCCUCCCAACCAGUCCUUCGUCAGCGGGCCAUGGAAAUGGCACCACAUUGACGAUGCAGAUGAAGCUGGACUGUAUCCACGACACGAGGCAGGCCUUUGGAAGAAGCACCCUCGUCUUGCAGGGCGGCGCAAUCUUUGGAAUGUGCCACCUUGGCGUGGUCAAGGCCUUAUUCCUCCGUGGCCUCCUUCCACGCAUCAUAACCGGCACAGCUACUGGGGCCUUGAUCGCGGCUCUCGUUGCAAUCCACACUGAGGAUGAACUGCCAGCCGUCCUAAGUGGUGAUGGAAUUGAUCUCACGGCGUUCGCGUCAAAGAGUGGCAUCGAGCCUUCCAGCAGUCAGACAACCCGCUCGCGAUGGGAAACAUUGCUGCGGAGAGUCCGGCGUUUCUCGCGCGAAGGCUACUUCCUUGAUGUGACAGUCCUGGAAGAAUGCGUGAGGGCCAACGUCGGCGACUUGACGUUCGAGGAGGCAUUCAAUCGUAGCAAGAGAGUCUUGAACAUCACGGUCGCCACAGAAGGUCAGGGUGGUGUCCCCACGCUCCUCAACUACUUGACUGCACCCAAUGUGUUGAUAUGGACCGCUGCUGUAGCAUCGAAUGCUUCUUCACCCUCGCUGUAUGGCCGUCGGAAAACAACCAUGCUGUGCAAGGAUGCCCAUGGCCACAUUGUACCGUGGGCUCCUGCAAACACCAUUGACUUUCGUCAUUGGACACACACACCCUAUUCUGACCGCGACUCUCCUCUUCGACGCAUUGCCGAGUUGUUUAACGUCAAUCACUUCAUCGUCAGCCAAGCCCGCCCCUACCUUAUUCCUUUUAUCCAGUCCGACAUGCAUGGCCCAUCAUUAGUUGAAGCACGAAGCAAGACGACGCAGGUCUCUGCCUUUUUGGUUAGAAUGGUUGGGUUGGAGAUACGCCAUCGACUGCGUCAGCUAGACACAUUGCGUCUGCUUCCAGCGAACAUACGCCGCUUCCUAGUUGAUGAGCAAGUACCAGCAGCUUCGAUGAUGUUGGUUCCUGAGGUAACGGCGGGGGACUUUGUAAGGCUUUUGGAAACACCUACGCGUGAAACUCUCAACUAUUGGAUCUUGAGAGGAGAGCGAAGCGUGUGGCCUGCGGUCGCAGCCCUGAAGAUAAGGUGUGCCGUGGAAAAUGAGUUGGACAGAUCAUAUCAAGUGGUGAGGAAGUUCAAGGCUCCCGGGCUACGACGGAAGGGGAGUAUGGCAGCAACAAUGGAAGCUGAACGCAGGGAGAGGGAUCGUAUCAAUGGGCUCGGAGGACCUUUGGGGACAGAUCACGACGGGAAUUGA